AUGGAUAGAAUUGUUUUUAUAAAACUAGUUGAUGAGCUGUAUCCUUAUUUACGUCCUGGAUGUAGCCCGCACGGCGAUGAUGUUCUUUCUGUUGAAAAGCAAAUCGGAAUGACACUAUACUAUUUGAAAGAUCAGGGAUCAUUGUACAUGACUGCUAAUUCAUUUGGUGUUUCGAAAAGUACAGCUUCUGUGGUCAUUAGAAAGGUAUGCGAUGUGAUUACUGCUACUAUGGGGCCAAAAUAUAUCAAACUUCCCAGCAAUGUGAAAGAAAUGGCUACACGUGUCAAGGGAAUAGAAGACAAAUAUGGAUUUCCACAGGCUUUUGGCUGUAUUGAUGGCACCCAUAUUGAAAUUCAACAACCUACAGAAAACCCACAUGAUUACUAUAGCUACAAACAGAAGUAUACAAUUAAUACUCAGGCUGUUUGUGCUUGGAAUGGGAGAUUUCUUGAUGUUGAAGUCAAAUGGCCUGGAAGUGUACACGACGGGAGAGUAUUUAGUAACUCCAGAAUAAACAGGCUCUUAAGAGAAGAAAAGCUUCCCAUGAUGUACAAGCAAAUUCUCCCUGGUUAUGACAAAGUGCCUGCGACAUUGAUUGGGGACCCUGCCUAUCCAUUGCUGCCCUACUGUAUGAAGGAGUAUGCAAGCCCAAGAAGCAAUGAAGAGGUAAUUUUCAACAACAUGCUCCGUGUAGCAAGGAACCCCAUUGAGUGUGCCUUUGGGAGGCUAAAGGCCAGGUGGCGAAUUUUAAACAAACGUCUUGACUCAGGCUUGGAAUUUGUCCCUCCACUUAUCUACACAUGUUUUGUUCUUCGCAAUUUUUGUGAAGUCAAUAACCAACAGAUAGACGAGGAUAUUGUGUCACAACAAAUAGCUCUAGAGAGGUUACAAGCAAACAAUACCCCUGAUCGAUUGUACUCAUUCAAUACUGCAGAAGGAACAGGCACUAGAAACGCUAUCACAUAUUAUUACAGAGAACAUAUCCCAUAUUGA